AUGGCUCGAAAUUGGUCGAGCCAUAUUGUCAGUAUCCCAGUGGAUACAUUUGUCUUUUCUCUCAUCCUACACCAGCCCCUAGCUCAGGUUGCUAGGGUCCUAAGCGAAGCCAAGGCCGUGGCCCAGCCUGUUGUCGCAUACUUUGGGUUAGAUUUCGAUCAUCUCCCCGAGCCUGGCACCGAACUCUUCUUCAAUUGGCCUCGGUGCAACAGUGCCAUUGGAGCAGAUCAAUUGCUCCAACGCGAGACAGUGUCGUCUGCUCUCCUGGGCGCCCAGUUGUGUCCGCCUCCCGGCAGACCUGAAGGCUGCCGAGAGACAAUCCUGUCUCGGAGAUACCGUCAGCGCUUGACAACCUUGACGACCAGAAGCAAAACAGCCAUCCACUGCUCUCUGGCGUCCAUCUUGUGGCGGAGCUGCCGGCUUGGCUGCGAAGCGACUUUUUCCGAGCUCGUCUCAACACCCGCCUUAUUUGCCAGCACCGAACUCCCUCCGGCCAGAAUCGGUCUCGCCGGUACCGGCACUUAUGCUUCCUUCAAAACUGUUUUUUUCUGGCGUCUGUGGGCCAGACUUGUGAAAAAUGGGAUUUCAGAGAGGACAUUACGCCGCAGCGGCCUCGACCUUGGCAGAAACCCCCAUAUUUUUGAUGCCCCAGACUCCAAGUCAGUGGGAGGUUGUUUUGAAAAAAUGGUAUCUGCCAAACUUGGCGACGUUCCCGGUUCCAAGCGCCUGUCUUCUUCAAAACGGAAGUCUGUCGGCAAGGCAUUCGGAGCUCAUUUGCACAAUUUAUGA